GCGUAGUACGCAGUAUACAGUAUGUAGUGUGCGGCGUACGUGAGCUUUCCAUUCUCUGUUUUCCAUAAGCGGGACAGAGGGGGAGGGUUGAGCUUCAAAUGACGUUACCGAGCCCGUUAAAACACCGAGCGGCUUCGCGCGGACACAUCAGACCGUCCGUCCACACGCACGCACAGAGGGACCGCAGCAGCCGCACCUCCUGUAGACACCGAUUCGCGUCUCAUUUAUACAUUCUGGGUGUUUAAUACCGAUGAGAACGAUGGUCUGAAGAGAUUUAGGCGAUCAAUUUGUGAAUGUAAUUCCAUUACAUUCAUCUGAUCAGCGCGCGUAAAGGGCCGCUUUGGUUUUGCCGUCUCCUCAGUCGUCUUCUCUCUGAGAGAUUCACGUGCCCAUGCGAUUCUUCAGACUCACCUUUAAGUGUUUCGUGGAUUGUUUUUGAAGGUGCUGUUUCAAAUCGGUGUCUUUUUUCUUUUAAGGUCUAUUAUUUAUUUUACAAACGCGCUUUUUGAUAAAACAAACCAACAAAACCGUUGCCAAUUUCGCCGUGAUAAUCAAACUGCCAACGGAAAAAUACAUUCGUUAAGAAUAACACUGCUGAUUUUAUUAAAUAAAAGGAUAAAGGACCAGAUCCUGUGCACCUGAAGAGGAACAAAAGGGACAUCUUGCUGUGAAAAGAAACUGAAACUGUCCAAAAACAAUAAGAGAUCAAAUAUUUAUUUUUGACUGCUGAUUUAAGCCCUUGUGAGGAGGUUGAUUUGCUUUGUUUACACGAGAGAUGGAGAAAUCAUCUCUAGACGCAGACUGCUGCGCCCUGAACACGGUCCUGGUGGAGGAAAAGAAGGGCCAUCUCAUUCCCAAUGGAAACGCGCAUCAAGGCGUCAAUGGGACCCUCAACGGAGGACCCAUAUCAGCGGCCACUGGAGCCAUAUCUGCGGUGGAGAAGAGGCAGGGCUACCCUGAGCGAGAGACGUGGACCAGACAGAUGGACUUCAUCAUGUCCUGUGUGGGGUUCGCCGUGGGUCUGGGGAACGUCUGGCGCUUCCCGUACCUGUGCUACAAAAAUGGUGGAGGAGUGUUCCUCAUUCCCUAUGUGUUGUUCAUAUUUCUGGGAGGCAUUCCGAUAUUCUUCCUGGAGAUAGCGCUGGGUCAGUUUAUGAAGGCUGGAAGCAUCAAUGUGUGGAACAUUGCCCCUCUUUUUAAAGGACUUGGCUAUGCCUCCAUGGUGAUUGUGUUCUUCUGUAACACGUACUACAUCAUGGUACUUGCCUGGGGUUUCUACUACUUCAUAAAGUCCUUCAAUUCCCCGCUGCCCUGGUCCACCUGCGACAACCCAUGGAACACAGAGAACUGCAUCGAGAUCUUCCGCCACGGCGAAUGCCUGAACGGCACCAUUGUCAACUCCACAUUUGGCAACCUGACGUGCGAAGAGCUUGCAAAUGGGCGUUCUCCUAUUAUUGAAUUCUGGGAGAACAAGGUUCUGAACAUCUCGGAUGGGCUGGACCAGCCAGGCGCCAUGAACUGGGAACUGACGCUGUGUCUGUUGGCUGUGUGGGUGAUGGUUUACUUCUGUGUGUGGAAGGGGGUGAAGUCAACAGGAAAGAUUGUGUAUUUCACUGCCACGUUCCCGUAUGUGGUCCUGAUUAUUCUCCUUGUGAGGGGCGUUACUCUUCCCGGAGCUUAUGAUGGGAUCAUGUACUAUGUCAAACCCAAUUGGUCUAAGCUAGGAGAGGCACAGGUCUGGAUCGAUGCUGGUACUCAAAUCUUUUUCUCCUACGCUAUCGGGCUCGGAGCCCUCACUGCCCUCGGCAGCUAUAACCGAUUCAACAAUGACUGCUAUAAGGACGCUUUUGUUCUGGCUUUUAUUAAUAGUGGCACCAGUUUCUUUUCUGGUUUCGUGGUCUUCUCCAUCUUGGGUUUCAUGGCAUCUGAGCAAGGUGUGGACAUCUCUAAAGUGGCUGAAUCGGGCCCCGGUUUGGCGUUCAUAGCGUACCCUAAAGCCGUUUCUCUGAUGCCCGUGGCUCCGGUGUGGGCUGCCCUGUUCUUCAUCAUGCUGCUACUGCUGGGACUGGACAGUCAGUUUGUUGGUGUGGAGGGUUUCGUAACUGGCAUUCUUGAUCUUUUCCCCGGAAAGUAUUACAUGCGCUAUCAGCGCGAAAUCGCUGUGGCGAUCUGCUGUUUAUUAUGCUUCAUUAUAGAUCUCUCCAUGGUUACACAGGGAGGGAUGUAUGUCUUCCAGCUUUUUGACUACUACUCAGCCAGUGGAAUGACCCUACUGUGGCAAGCAUUCUGGGAAUGCGUGGUUGUCGCGUGGGUUUAUGGUGCUGACAGGUUCAUGGACGAUAUUGCCCGUAUGAUCGGUUACCGGCCAUUCCCGUGGAUGAAGUGGUGCUGGUCCUUUAUAACUCCAUGUGUUUGCAUGGGUAUCUUCCUAUUUCACCUGCUGAACUACAAACCUCUGACCUACAACAAUGUGUACGUGUACCCGUGGUGGGGAGAGGUGAUCGGAUGGUGUCUGGCUCUCUCCUCCAUGCUCUGUAUCCCCGUUAGCCUCGUGUACAAGCUGGCUGGAGCCAAGGGAACAUUCAGAGAGCGUUGGGAAAGUCUGACCAAACCAGUGUGGGGAGGCCAUCACCUCGAAUACAUGGCCCCUGACACUGACAUUAAAAGCCUGGCCUCUCUGUCUCCUGGAACGGAGGAGAACAAGGUGAUCAUUUUUGAGAGUGUUAUGUAGAUCAAAGGGAAAUCCUACGACAACCCUCCUAAGGCAAGCUGGUUGAAGAAAUCAUCAGUAUUUAUUUGACAUUUUAUGGAAUUCUGCAUCAUCUUACAGUCUUAAACAGCUGAUGGAUAUUGAUGGUUACAUUUAUUUCAUACUACAGGUCCUCUAGCAUGCACAUUACCAGAUGUUCUUCCUCUUCCACCAGUUAAAACGGCAGUCUAUACACAAUGAUAAAAAAAUAAUAAAUAAAUAAAAAAGGACGUGCAAUGUUUAGCGCAGAUAUCAAGACUUGCAGGAGGAAAUCAGCGUGUCUUCGGAGGGAGGGGACAGUAUAGCGUAGCCUAUAACAUCUUUUCACAGAGUGGCAGAAUUCCCACAGGCGACUUUCCUGAACAUGAAAAGGGUCUCUUUGCAUUGACACACGAGUAUCAAAUCUGAGCGAGAAUCACAUGGAUGAAAAAAUGAAAAAAUCCUUGACUUAAACUGGCACAUAAUGACAUCCAGAACAAUGGAUGAGAAAUAGCACUUUCUCUAAUUCAUAAAAUCGAAUGCAGAUUUAAACUAAAAUAAAACAUGCUUCAAUGAACGAUGUUGAGCUUAACGGAUCAGCAAAAUUAGAUACGGAUCUAACCAACGAACUAAAACGUGUCUUUGCAGAUUUCAUGUCAAUAAGUUGGUAGUUGCCAAACGAUGCAAAAUCAUUUCUGUAGCUUUCUCUCAAUGUGUCUUCAUCUGAGACAGAUGACCUCAGUACUCGGUGCAUGAUAUCACAGCGUUUACUGUACGUGCCAAACAGAGCGUGACUUUCCAUCUCUCUUCAUGUUUGUCUGGAGAUGGUUUUGGUUGCCAUAAAAAAACAAUAUCUUCCUAGUUCAGUUGAAAUGUGCUGCUUGCUCCAUGUGUUCUGCAUUUAAGAUAUUCAUGUUUGGAAACAUCUAGAGAGCUUUUAUUAGACACAGGCAGGCUUUCAAAUGAAUUAGUGGCACUUAUCUAAGGUGCUUGUGAACCAGUCGUUGCAUUUUGUUAAGGAUCGAAUAAAUUGAAGAUUAAAGUCAACAUGAAACACCCAUUUUUCAUAAUGCAGUCAAUAACUUGUCACAUUACUGAUUUAAAAUGGGUUUAAGUUUACGAUUUUUGUUUCAGUUCUACAUUUUGAGUGCCAGUAUUAUAUUUUUAGUUGAAUUUAAAAUCUUAAUGCAAAAAAAAAAGUAAAAGUAAAAUAAAAUCAUUGUAAAGUUUCCCGUAGCUUUAACUAACAAUUAAAUAUUCUACAGUUUGAACUAGGGCUGUGCAAUAUGGACAAAAAAAUACUAUACGAUUUUUUAUCAAUAUUGCGAUUUCGAUUUUAAAACAAUAUUUCCUUAAACACAUACUUGUGCAUAUCAUUUGUGCAUAUUUGUGGACACCAUAUCUUUGUAUAACUGAUAUGUGACGGCGUCGGUUCUCUUCAUGCCUUUUUUGAUCUCUUUUGGUAUACUGUGCAGUUCGCAAAUGCCUGUAUUAUCGAUUUUUGUUCUCCUGGUUUGGAAUGAGCCAUUGUUUUUCUAUGCAAACGCGCUAGCCGGACGUCUUUAAAGGUGUAGUUCACCCAAAAAUGAAAAUUUUGUCAUCACUUACUCACCCUCAAGUUGUUCCAAACCUGUUUGAGUUUCUUUCUCAUGUUCAACACAAAAGAAGAUAUUUUGAAGAAUGUUGGCAACCAGAUAGUUGACGGUAGCCGUUGACGGUAGCCAUUGACUUCCUUUUUUCCUACUAUGGAAGUCAGUGGGGCCCAUCAACUGUUUGAUUACCAACAUUUUUUAAAAUAUCUUCUUUUGUGUUCAACAAAAAAUCCAAAUUCUGCUGUCUGCGUUUUUUUUUACCAUUUUAUUACGAAUUGGAUUAAUUGCACAGCCCUAGUUUGAACGCAGAUAGUCAUAGUGGGAAUAUAAGAGAGAACUGAGAAUCACAAAGUCAAAUGUUUUUCACCUAGAACCACCAAGUUUUUUUUUUUGCCAAUGUAUAGACACAUAGUUGCCAAACUUUGCCUUUAUUUGUCUUAAGUUGAGAACCUGUGGACAAAUAGCCAAGAUUAUACCAAGACAAACCGGCCUCAUGUGGGAAUUCUGCCCUGUAGAGAAUCAACUCAAACACUAAAUCAUUGUGGUGUUAUAGAUGUAAUCAGAAUGUACAAAUUAGACUACAUAAUGUAAGGCUUCAGAAUACAUUUGCACAUUGUUGUAAAAUAAUCUGCUAGCACUUUUUAAUCGUGUUAGAAAGCGUUUUGUUUUUUUUUCUUCUUGUGAUUUACAUACUGUAAAAUAAAUCAGAGAUUUAUUUUGUGAAGGCUAUUAUUUUGCUUAUAUGCAUAUAAAUAUAAAUAAUAUCUGUGUGUUAUAUUUUAACGUUUGAUGCUGUAUGUACUUUUGAUAAAGAUGAUAACAGGGAGUGGGAAUUCUUACUGAAAUGCAGUUGCAGGGAGGCAUAUGAGACAGAUAGCACAUGAAUCUGAUUUUAUUUGAAAUAUCAAGUGCUGCAGUUGUUAAAUGUUUUAGAUUGUGUGUGUAAACUCCAGUAUUUUCUGCUGACCACCCAGCUCCAUUUGGUUUUCGUUGAGCAAACCAUCUAAAUUGGCGAAUCCAUUUACUUUUUUGUUUCGCUUAAUUCAUAUCCCACUUUAAAGUAGCCAUAAAACACCUGCGUUAUAUGUUUUUGAGGAAAAUUAGAGCAUUUCGAUUAAAAAAACAAACAAACAUAUUAGUCACUUUAUCAGGGUCAGGUAUCGUUCGAAUUUUAACGAUUCCGAUUCUGCUUAUCGAUUCCUAAUUUCGAUUCCAAUAAGGUAAAUAAAUAAAUAAACUCAAACAUUUAGAUAUCAAACAUAUUUAUUCUGUCUUUUUGAAAAACAUUCUGGUGCAGCUGAAUAACAUGAACAAUCAAAUCAGCAGCCUACAAAACACAAGAUCAACUUUUGCCUAUAAUUUGAACAAAAACACCAAAGCAAAAACAACUAGACUAAUAUAAAUUUCAAACAUGAAAUUGUUAAAAACAAGUAAACAGUCAGUAAUAAAA